AUGGAAACAAAGCUAAGGGAUGAAGAAGCUAGAAGGGCCAUUGGAAAAGGUAAUGCUGCUGGCAGUAAGAAGUCGCGUCCGCGUGAUCGAAGUGGGAGGGGAAUCGCAGUUCCAGAGGUCAAUGCUGAGCUGCAAGAAAAUAUUAAUGUAUGUAAGAGGAAUAUAAAUGGUUGUAAGAGGGCUUCCAGUAGGGAUCUUGUUCUUGUAUCUAGUAGAACCAGCCAAGAAAAUAGGAAUAGAAAGAAAGAUAUAGUCCAGCAAAUAGGAUCAAUGCUUUUGCACCAUUCACUUCUUCGCAUUCUGUUGUUGGGUCACAUGUUGGUGGCUGAAGUGAAGACACACUUGAUUGUGUUGUAA